UAUUAUUCAUUUUUUGACAGUGCUUCUGUUUUUGAUGUAACUUAUGAAGUCUUAACGGAACAAAAUCUGAAAAUACUAGUGAAAGUAUUUGUUUCUGGUGGUUCCUACUAUUAAAAUCCUUUAUAUUAUAUAAUUGUAUAAAAUAUUUAAUAUAAUUAAUCAUGGCGAAGCAAAAUCUGUCGAAUAAAACUAAUAGAUUUAGAACACAAAAGUUGCAAAAUAUUAAGCAAAGUAAAAAUUUGAGAAUGAAAAAUGGUAUCAAGAAAAGAUUAUCGACAUCAAAAGUUCAGGAUGCCCGACAAAAACUUUUACAGAAGAAAAGAAAGACUGUUGUAGAUGCUAGAGAUAUAUUGGCAAAAAUGGCAAAAACUAGAGAUGCCAGAAGUAAAAUUAAUAGAAUACGGGAUGGUAGAACAGGACUGUCCUCUUCUAGUGGAAAUGUUAAGAUAAUAGGUUCAAAUAUUUUGAGGAAAACAGAUCCUAAUGGAAAAAUAAGUUUAGUAACAAAUAAAACAAAACAUAAAUCUGAUAUUAAUUUGGCGAUACAGAAGCAGUUAGGUUUAAUUUCAUCACCAAGGUCUCCAGUUAAGAAAGUACCUCCAAAACGGAAUGCAAGUGUGAAUACAAUUAGAAAUCCUGUUCAGAUUCGUAAAACAAUAUUAAAUGAUAUGGAUUACAGUACAGCUGAGACCCUCAGAGUUUAUGAUCCUGCACUUUAUAAAUGGACUAGGCCAGAACUAAGAACUACUGCUUCGCAAAUGAUAAAUUCUUUAGAGACUACAAGGCAGGCAAUGAGAGAAGCGUUGAGAGAGGAAUUAGGGAAUGGUUGGCAAAACUAUGUUACUCCCAAACCUUUACGAAUGCAACCAUCUGGUUAUAUAGAUUUGGAUGCCGUGGACGAUGAAGAAAUGCCUUUAGUCCAAACUAGAUCAAGAAUGACAUUGCAAGGAACUUCAAGAAUUUCCAAUGUACAUUCAAGAUUAGAUAGUAUGCCUGCCAUUUCAGAGUCUCAUGGCAUUUUUUCACAAGCUAAGACAAAAGUCGUAGUACCGGCUGGGCAUAGGAUAGUGGUAUCUAACCUGCAACCAACUGUCACUCAGGAUGAUAUAAAGGAGUUGUUUGAGGAUAUAGGACAGCUUCUUGCAGCAAAGUUAGUCCGUCCCGGUGUUGCUGAAGUUAUCUAUAAGAACUUGAAGGAUGCUCAAAAGGCAGUUGAUACCUAUCACAAUCGUCAACUGGAUGGACAACCUAUGAAAUGUCUUUUAGUUAACAAGAGACCCCUUAAUCAGCCAACUGCUAUGCCACUUACUACUUCCGAGGGACUAUUUUCUAUUUAGAAGAGGUUGUAGAAUAGAAAAUCCAGGUGUUCAAAAUUGCUCUUAAAAUUUGUUAGGACCAAAUUAGAGCGCUUUCAUUUAGAUUUUAGAGGCAAAUCAAAAGUAAAUUUCUUUAAAAAAAAUGUCCUGAUAUGUCAGUCCAAGAUCACGCUGAAAGGGCCCUCAGAGUGCUCUUAUGCAUUCAAUCUCACUCGGCAUAGGAUACAACAUGCAAUGGGGUUAAAGAACUGUCACUGUCUAAUAAAAACUUAUUCAAAUAAAAAUUGUUUUUGUUUUGAGAGUACUGAAGACUAAUUUUCAGGUCACGAAAAAUUGCCACCAGGGCGCGUUCGAGUAAGUUUAAAUAUAGACGAUUUUUUCCAAAAUAUUGACAGUUAAUCAUAUUAUUGCAUAGAUAAAUAGACGAUAAGACACCACUAUUAUUAUUUUAAAUGUUGAAUUGAAGGCAAACAUUCUUUAGCGUAGUUAAAAAAAUUAAGGUAAAGGGCCAUAUUAUUCAGAAAU